AGAGGAUAAAGUUACGAAUUUGAAGUCGAGCAAUUACUAAUGUUAUAAAGUACCACUUCAUAUAAAAUAACGCAGAAACUGGCUGUAGUUAGUUAACUUCCUAGUUAAAUGGCGGUAAAUGAGAUGAACUUAAGACAUAACUAUUUUGAGGAAGAUAAAAGCUAUAAGGGCAUAAUCAAGUAAUAUCUAUUAACUAAGGAAAGUUCUUUUGAGAAUGAAUCAAUUGUUAAAGAUAGAAUCCACUUGUUCAUUCAGACAGUCUCAUUUUAGAAGCCAACAUGAAGACAUUCGUAUUUUUUAUUAAGGUAUGAUCUAAAGAAACUAGUUUUAGGGGAAUAAAGAUGGAAAAUAAAACAAUUUCAUUAACAUCAAAGCAUAAUAAAUGUGUCGGGGAAGAGGAAAAAGGUGAUACAGAAGAUGGGAAGAAUGAGAUGAUGGAAGAAUUAACAAAUGAAGUCAAUGAAACUGUUGAUACAACUAUACAAACUGAGAUAGGACGAGACUGUCUAACAGCUGGAUGGACGCUAGAAGAACAGGAUUUAUUAUGUGUACUUCCGGUGAAAAAGUCUAUACAAGAAGAAUAUAAAAACCAACGAGGUUUCCUAAAAAAGUAUAGAAAACCAUUUUGGACGAAACACGCGCCUGGUGACAAAUUUCAAACACCUACGUUAUUUGAAAGCUUGAUACAUCAGAUGAGAAAUAAGAUCGAAGAUAAAGGUUUAGUUCCACAUGAUGUGUAUCCGGACGGUAAUUGUUUGUUCUCUGCUAUUGUUGAUCAACUCCGUGUCCAGGGUGACUUUAGUUUCACACCACAGACACUUAGGCAGUCUGCUGUGAACUAUCUGAGGAGGUAUCCAGCAACAGAGGAUGGAACCUCUUUAUCGAUGUUCCUUAGCGAUGGAGAAAACUGGGAGAGCUACCUGCUCCGUAUCAGUGUGGACGGUGAAUGGGGGGAUCAUAUCAUUCUAGGGUAAAUAUUUGAAUUAUGUGAAUGUGGGGUCAAUAUUUUAAGAUUUU